AUGACAUCCCCAGCAAAGCAGCCAGCCAAGAAGGGCGGAUGGGGCUCGUUGUUGUCCGGAGCUGUUGCGAACCUCGAAUCACGUCUCGACACCAUUUUAGCAGAGGACAGUGAGGCAUCAGCCAGACAACGAGCCAGUGAAGCAGCACUGAAGGAGACGCAAAGCAGGGCGCGUACCGGCUCUGGUAAUCUUGCCCCGCCGUCCGGCAGCUCAAAUACCGGCUCCAGAGAAGCUUCGAGGACAAGGGUGAACGAUCGUCUGGCUGAGAGGUUGGCCAAGGCUACAGCGGCGAAGAAGCUGACUGGUGAUGGAGCUGUUGACACACCAUCGCGAGUCUCCACACCUGUGCACGAUGAAGCAAGUCCGAGGACAAGUGUUGAUUCUACGAGAUCUCUCGAGACCAAGACGAAUGCUCCGGCAGUGCGGAAAGACACUGUGCAGGAGUCCUCAGCACCGUUGGAAGCAGACCCGGAACCAGUGCCAGACACAAACGGAGAGAACGUUUCCAAGCCAACCGAAAGCACACUCCUGACUUCGCGACUACCUAUGAACCCGUCCAAAGUCUCCACAGACAGCUCGAGACCUUCGCUAGACCUGAGUCAAGGCGUGUCCACUCGACCAUCCACAGAUUUUUCAAAUGGCCAUGCUCAGUCGGACGGAGGAAAUGCUGAGGUCGAGAAGGAGAUCGCGCAGCUCCGCGAAGAUCAUGCUACGGCGGAGAAGCAGAGGCAGGAGGAGAUGCAUGCAUAUAUGGAGAAGAUUGACGCCUUACAAGCUAAGCUUCAGUACCUGGCCAAGGAGACUGUGGCCGCCGCAAAAGCUGCGAACGCCGAAAGUCCAGCAGGUAGUCCAGCAGCACAGCUAGCCGAGAAGGAUGAGCGGAUCGCGUUGUUGAUGGAGGAGGGCGAGAAGCUAAGCAAGACUGAGCUACGACAACUACAGACUAUCAAGAAGUUACGAGCCAAAGCAGGCGAAAAUGACAAAGCUUCUGCGGAUGUGCGAUUGAGGUUCGAGAAGUAUGAUAGAGUAGAAGCAGAUUUGAAGCAAAAGUUACGACGCGCCGAACUUGCUGAACGGCAAGCCAACGAGAAGGUGAAGCAGGUGGCUGCUAUCGAGAAGCAGGCAGAUGAGCUGCGUGUAGAUCGAGAGAACGCUAGUGAGACUAUCAGGACUCUGACGGUACAGCUCAAGGAGUCUAGGGCGCAGGCAGAUCGAGCGGAGAAGGAGGUCAACAGCAAAGCGGCACAAGCAGAUCGAGAGCGUAUAGCUACCCUGGAGAACGACCUGGAAGACGCACAGAUCGAGAAGAAGCUAGCGGGAGAUCGUGCUGGUAAUGAGCUCAAGAGUGUGCAAGCAGAGUUGGCGAGGCAGAAGGAGCGCUUUGACGCUCGGGAGACCGAGAUGAGAAACGAGGUCUCGAGUCUUGAGUCGAGGCUUGAAGCUACUCGAGCAGUGGCGGAAGAAGCAACUUCAGAUGUGGGUAAUCCUGAGAGUAAUGUCAAGCUCUUGAGGCAAAUUGAGACACUACAGAACCAGUACAGCCAAGCCAAGGCGAAUUGGGAGACGAUUGAGAACAGUCUGAAUGCACGAGUGUCCACGUUCGAACGAGAACGUGAUGAAGCUAGUAGACGUGAGGUCGAAGUCAGGAAGAAAGCUCGGGAUGCUACAGCCUCGAGACGGAGUGCUGAGGAACAUGCUGAGCGGCUGCAGGAGCAAAUUCGUGAGGCUGAGCAGACUUUGCACGCCCAACGAGAAGAGAUCGACAAGCUGCAGGUGCGCCUUGAGACGUCAGAGCGAACGUUGGGCAGUGCCAAAGCAGAUGCAGAGCGUCAGCGCAAAGUCUGGGAUGUAGAGCUGUCGCAACGAUUAGAGGAAGAAAGGUCGAAGUGGCAGCGCAGCAAGCCAUCACCUAGCAUGCGCAACGAUUCGACUGCCAACUCGAGCCGCAAGGCUUCUGUGGCCGAAAUGGUCGGCUCUCCCAAUGGGCAACGGAGAGCCAUCAAUCGCGUGACAUCCUCCAAUCUUGCCGACCUUCGCACGCACGCCGAAACGCAACGCCCGGUGUCCCGCCGCAGCUCAGCGAUGCCAACGCCUGUGUCAGCGCGGCAAGAACACCAUGAUCGCUCAUCAGAGGCUUCGCCCUCUAUCAGCCGGCAAGAAAGCACACUCAGCCUCGAUACACCUGACAUGCCACCAACACCAUCCAUCGAAGUCGAUCAGCCGGACUUUGACGACGCCUCCCACUCGCCACAGCGCACGAUCAAUGACCUAGUCAGCACAUCCACAGCCGCGGCAGGUCCCUCAGUCCAACUCAUCGAACGCAUGAGCGCAGCUGUACGGCGCCUCGAGAGCGAGAAAGCCACUUUCAAGGACGAAAUCUCACGAUUAUCUAGACAGAGAGAUGAGGCUAGAGAUGAAGUCGUGGAACUCAUGCGUGAGGUCGAUGGCAAUAGGACCAAGGAAACAGCUGCACAAGAUGUCGAGCAAACGAAGCAACGCUACGAAGCCAGCCUCGAGAUGCUAGGCGAGAGGGAGGAAGAAGUGCAGGAGCUGAAACAGGAUAUGGCUGAGAUGAAGAGGAUGUAUCGGGAACUUGUCGAGCAGAAAUUGCCUGCUUCAUAG